CUGGAAAUAUUCUUACGACGAUCUCUUUGAUCAUCACUUCCAUGUCUUUCAAUCUCCUUUCACAAAACGCUCUCUUAAGCAACGCUGAUCGUUAAUCCCCAAAACGCCAUUGCUGCUUCUUCUUCUUCAUCAUCUGCAAAUCAUCAAUGACGAAAGCAAAGUCUCAUUCGGUGGCUGGUUCUAUAGACCCAAACAAAAACGGCCUUCAUCACCACCAUCAAGACGGUAACGACGUCGUUUUCGACCCUUCAUCUAUGUCCCUCGGCGAUGAUUCUAAGUCCGGUGUUCCUCGUUCUCCCGCCACCGCUAAUCUCUCUCGUAAAAAAGCAACCCCGCCUCAACCCGCCAAAAAGCUCGUCAUCAAAUUCGUUAAAGCAAAACCGACAAUGCCUACAAAUUUUGAGGAGGAGACAUGGGCAAAGCUGAAGUCAGCCAUUAAUGCUAUAUUUUUGAAGCAGCCAGAUUCUUGUGACUUGGAGAAGCUUUAUCAGGAUGUCAAUAAUCUUUGCCUGCACAAGUUGGGAGGAAGCCUUUAUCAGCGAAUUGAAAAAGAGUGUGAAGAACAUAUAUCUGCUGCACUAAGAUCUUUGGUAGGGCAAAGCCCAGAUCUGGUUGUUUUCUUAUCACUCGUUGAGAAAUGUUGGCAAGAUCUUUGUGAUCAAAUGUUGAUGAUUCGUAGUAUAGCCUUGUAUCUUGACAGAACAUAUGUUAAGCAAACCCCAAAUGUACGUUCAUUAUGGGACAUGGGCUUGCAGCUCUUCCGAAAACAUCUUUCUCUAGCUCCUGAAGUUGAUCACAAAACUGUUACUGGCCUUUUAAGAAUGAUUGAGAGUGAGAGGUUAGGAGAAGCUGUCGACAGAACACUCAUUAACCAUCUUUUGCAGAUGUUCACCGCCUUAGGCAUUUACUCAGGAAGCUUUGAGAAGCCAUUCCUAGAGUGCACGUCUGAGUUUUAUGCGGCUGAAGGAACAAAAUACAUGCAACAAUAUGAUGUUCCAGAUUACCUGAAGCAUGUUGAGACUAGGUUACAUGAAGAACAUGAAAGAUGCUUACUCUACCUGGGUGAUCUUACAAGAAAGCCACUAAUAGCAACAGUGGAAAGGCAACUCCUUGAACGUCAUAUACAUGCCAUUCUUGAUAAGGGAUUUAUGAUGCUUAUGGAUGGACACCGUAUUGAGGACCUUCAGAGGAUGUACUCACUGUUUUCAAGGGUCAAUUCUCUUGAACCACUAAGGCAGGCCGUGAGUUCAUAUAUUCGGAGAACUGGGCAGGGCAUUGUCAUGGAUGAAGAGAAAGACAAGGACAUGGUGCCUUCAUUGUUAGAAUUUAAGGCUUCACUUGACUCAAUAUGGGAAGAAAGCUUUUCGAAGAAUGAGGGAUUUUGCAACCACAUUAGGGAUGCAUUUGAGCAUCUAAUUAACAUUCGUCAGAACCAACCCGCAGAACUGAUCGCCAAGUUUCUGGAUGAAAAGCUUCGUGCUGGUAAUAAGGGUACUUCUGAAGAGGAAUUAGAGGGUACACUUGAUAAAGUUUUGGUUUUAUUCAGGUUCAUCCAGGGCAAGGACGUAUUCGAAGCAUUCUAUAAGAAGGAUCUUGCAAAGAGGCUGCUGCUAGGAAAGAGUGCUUCUAUUGAUGCAGAGAAAUCCAUGAUUUCUAAGCUGAAGACUGAGUGUGGCAGCCAGUUUACGAACAAACUUGAAGGAAUGUUCAAGGAUAUUGAACUAUCAAAGGAGAUAAAUGAAUCAUUCAAGCAAUCAUCACAGGCCAGGACGAAACUUCCAUCUGGAAUCGAGAUGAGUGUCCACGUCUUAACAACCGGGUAUUGGCCAACAUAUCCACCUAUGGUUGUUCGGCUUCCUCACGAGUUGAACGUCUAUCAGGACAUCUUUAAGGAGUUCUACUUAAGCAAGUACAGUGGGAGGCGGUUAAUGUGGCAAAACUCGUUAGGUCAUUGUGUGUUGAAAGCCGAUUUUACCAAAGGUAAAAAGGAGCUCGCAGUUUCCUUAUUUCAGACUGUAGUUCUGAUGUUGUUCAACGAUGCUGAGAAGCUUAGCUUUCAAGACAUUAAGGACUCUACUGCCAUAGAGGAUAAGGAAUUGAGAAGGACCUUGCAAUCCCUUGCAUGCGGUAAAGUACGAGUCCUGCAAAAGUUGCCGAAAGGGAGGGAGGUGGAAGAUGAUGAUUCUUUCGUUUUCAAUGAAGGAUUUUCUGCUCCUCUCUAUCGUAUAAAGGUAAAUGCAAUCCAGAUGAAAGAGACAGUGGAGGAAAACACAAGCACUACCGAAAGAGUAUUUCAAGACCGUCAAUAUCAGGUCGAUGCUGCUAUUGUUCGGAUAAUGAAGACAAGGAAAGUGUUGAGCCACACCCUUUUGAUAACCGAACUCUUCCAACAGCUUAAGUUUCCGAUAAAACCGGCCGAUUUGAAGAAAAGAAUCGAGUCUCUCAUCGACAGGGAGUACCUGGAACGAGACAAGAACAAUCCACAAAUAUACAAUUACUUGGCAUAAACUUUGAUUUUCUUUCAAAAUCCCAUUGUUAGACCCAUGUACAGUAAUUUGUAGUAAUUGAGAUUGUAAUUGUAAAGAAAAUUUCUAGACUCUUUUAUCCUCA